AUGGCAGGUCCUCCGACGUUUAUCGAACUGUCACGCGAAGAACAGGCUUUAGAAUUAAGGUCAUAUUUGCUCAGUAUUGGUGCUACUUUGCAAGAGAAGGCGACAGACAACAUUGAAGAAGAUAUGAAAGAAAUCAUAUCUAAAUGUGAUGCUUGUCUAAAGACUGACUUGUCAGAUGCUGAUAUUGAAAGCUUUUUAUGUUCUAUUGUAUCAGUGAUUAUUGGAAUUGGUACUAUGGAUGUGGAGAGUAACCUUGUUACUGCAUUCAGUCAGAAACUUUCUAAGUAUGAAGAAGAGCGUUUUAGCAAUACCAUACUUAAGACUUUAUGGCUAUUACAUGGUACAGUUGAUCCAAAAUUACCAGCACGUUUUCAGCUGUAUUCAGACAUAGUAGAUGUGGCCAAACGAAACAAGCAGCUCUUGUUGGUAUACGGAGGAAUAGAUAGCUUAAAUAAAUCUCUCCUUUCUAUCAGUCAUUCCAAAAAACAAAAGCAGUCUCUCCUAAGACAGUUGCACAGUGCACUGAUUGAAAAUGGACACAGUGAAUUGGCUGCAGAAGUUAUGAUUGAACUUCUCCGCAACUACACAGCUGAUGAUGGUAAACAGGCUAAAGAUGAUGCAAAGAGGUGUAUUGUCUCAGCUAUUGCUGACCCUAAGACUUUCUUAUUCGAACCAUUGUUGAGUUUGACUCCUGUUAUAUCUCUACAAAACUCACCCUUGCACGAGCUUUUGGUUAUAUUUGUCUCUGGAAAUCUUACUAACUAUUUAGAUUUCUACAAAGGUCACAAGGAUUUAAUCAAAUCUUUAGCACUAGAUCAUCAAGCAAAUAUACACAAGAUGAAACUACUGACAGUUAUGAGUUUGGCGGAGGACUCUAGCAUCAUAACAUUUGAUACAAUUCAGCAACAAGUUCAAAUAACCGCUGAACAAGUGGAACCAUUUUUACUUGAACUUUUUGGUACAAAAUUUGUUCGUGGCCGUAUGGAUCAAGCAGCAAAAAAAGUGAACAUUUCAAGCACAAUGUACAGAACAUUCAGCAAACAGCGCUGGCAAAUGUUGAGGAACUCGUUCUUCAGUUGGAGAUCUUGUCUAAGUGUUAUCGAAGAAGGAAUGAAAACUGUCGUAUCAAAUUCUCAAACAGCAAUGUAA